AUGCCGCCUCAGCAACCGGUUGGUAUUAUGGACAAUGAGGAGGAGUUUCCAGUUGAAGAACCCCCUCCAAUGGAUCCCCUUAUCAAACUAUUACAUUUGCGCCACACGUACACCUCGCAGUAUGUUGACGAAGCUGUGCGCGAGGAGGUAAAGGCUGCCAUGUUGAAAAUAGCGCACGAACACAAUAUGGCUCCUUACUUGCGCUUCGCGUCGGAGAUGUUCUGUUGGACGGUAGAUGAGGAGCAGUUGCGCGCGAUGGAUGCCAUAAAUGCGACGAAACUUGAAGAGUUGGAUGCACGCAUUAAGGAUGCGCAGGAAAACCUCGGUGAUGUGGAGGUGCGUGAUGGUCUGCUGGCUAGAUGCCAUCAUUUCGCCCGCAUUGGGGACAUGGAGGAGUGUCUUAAAUUUAACAACGAAUGCUCCGGAAAAACCCUUGCCGCCGGAUCAAAGCUCGACCUUUGCUUUCAGCGCAUCCUUCUUGGACUGGCGUUCUCUGACAAUGAAGUUGCUGCUAAUGGCAUUUGCAGCGCUCACCGACUGAUGAAGGAGGGUGAUUGGGAACGGCGAAACCGUCUCAAGGUAUACGAAGGUCUCUUCUACGUAUACAUCCGUGACUUUAAGAAGGGUUCCGAGCUACUAUUAGACUCAAUCUCCACCUUUGCUGCUAGCGAGCUCAUGGACUUCAACGAAUUCAUUCUCGUCACAGUUGUGGCUAGUUUGCCCGUGUUGAGUCGCUCACAGCUGAAGAAAUGCAUACUCGAUAGCCCUGAAGUGCACAGUGCCAACAUCAAGAAUGUUUUCCAUCUCGUUACUGCCAUAUACGAAUGCCGCUACAAGGAGGUUUUUCCAACCCUCGAUGCUGUGUGCCAGCAACUACGAGGUAUUGUGUACCUGUCGCAGCAUGUUAAUUACUUCUUUCGCGAGGUGCGUGUGCUUGUGUUCAAGCAAUUCCUUGAUUCAUACAGCAGUGUAACGCUAAAAUCAAUGAGCAAUGCAUUUGGUAUUCCCUCCCCAGUUCUGGAUAGCAUGUUGGGAACCCUCAUAUCAAAUGAGCGCAUCGCAUGCAAGAUGGACCGUGUCUCGGAUAGUAUUACCACAUAUCGUGGAGACACAACAAACCUUGACUAUCACCGUAUAGUAAAGAAUGGUGACUUGUUGCUCAACCGCAUUCAGAAAUUAUCUCGUCUUGCAGAAGUGUGA